AUGGAUCCAUUCCCAACAAAUCUCAAAGAAGGUCUGGUGGCACCGUUAUUAGCUCCAAUCAAUGGUGAAUUAGACCAGAAGGAUUCGGUAUUGGAUCCAGUAGACCAGGAAUUAUAUGAUGGAUUCAAACCAGUGCUGGAAGAUACUACGGGUGAAUAUGAUGAGAUUAGAUCUAAGCUGCUAAGGAAACUGAAUUUAAACCAAAGUGUAUCAGAAUCCAGCACGUUUUUCAAAGGUUUCGAUAAAGAUGGUGAUGAUGAUUCUACAAUGGAUUCCAAAUCUCUAUUUGAAGGUUUGAGUGGGUUUAGUAAAGACAUUGUGAAUUCAGUUGAGUUGAUAUCUGAUGAUCGAAUCAUACAUGGUGAAGUUGAUGAACAAAAAAUCAUAAAGAAAGAAAAACCUUCCAAACCAUUGAACAAUAAACGUCAUUCCUCUGUGAUAAUCAAUGAUGUUGAUUUAAAGAAAAGAAAAUCAGAUGUUGGGAUUCAGCAUUUACAACUGGAAAAUAUAUCAAUUCAAAAAUUGAAAUCAUUAAUUUUGGAUAAAAUUGGGUUAGUUGAUGAUUCAAUAGAUUAUAAUAAUUCUCAAAUUUGGUUAGAAGUACCCAAUUAUGGAUUCGUCUUAUCGGAUAAUACUAUAGUGGAAAUAGAAGAACAUUUAUCCAAAAUUUCAGGUACAAAAUUAACUGAUGAAAUUCCAUUCGAAAUAUUAGAUCGUAUUAAGAAAUUAUCAAUAAACAACUUAUCAAGCAUUGAAAACAUUGAAUGGACUAACAUAGAUUUAGAAUCUGAAUUUUGGUCAUUAAAAUUUGCUCUGAAUAGUUUAAAAGCUGUUUCAUUAAUUUUAAUUAUAUUCAAUUUCCAAAGACGUGAAAAAAAAUUAUAUCUUGAUGAAGACUUGAUGUCAGCAUUAAACUUUGUUUACAAGAUUAUGGAAGAUUUAAUUUUACCUGUGACAAUAACCAAUUCCAAUUUAUCAUCAGAAACUUCUAAAUUAAUCAUUGGUAUCAUAAAUUUAUUGAAAAAAAAUUAUGAAUUAUUUGGUAUUUAUAUUUCACAAAGUCAAGCAAAUGAUAAUAUUAUAACAAAAUUAGAAUAUUUAUCCAUAAUACCAUUUUUUCAUAUUGUGGAAAGGAAAUCACUUGUGUCAAAUUUCCAAAUUUUGAGGAUUUCUUCAAUGGAUUUAUUAAUAAAGAUUUUUAAGUUUAAAUCAGACCAGAGAAAAUAUCUUAUAAAUGAAAUUUUAUCAAAUUUUGAUAAAUUACCAACUAAUAAAAAUUUGGCUAGAUCAAUUAAAUUAUCAAGAGGUGCUAAUAUUCAACCAUUUACAGCUUUAAUAUUAAAUUUCUUAAAUUCAAUAAAUAUUAAAGAUAUUGAAUUGAAUAAAAUUUUCAAAGAAAAUGAAGUUUCAAAUUCAAAUUUAGAAGCCUUACAUGAAACUAUAACGGAAUUAGAUCAAGAAAGAUCAACUUAUUUCUCAAUGAUAUCUUCCAAUUUGAUUAAUAAAUUAAUUACACAAUUAUCCCCAAAUUUUAAAAUAACUUUUGAAAUGUUCAUAACAGAUUUAUUAAAUCUUGUUAAAUUUCCAGAAUGGUCUAUAGUGGAACCAAUUUUAGCUUCAAUUACAAAUACUCUUAUAUCAAAUUCUGAAAAUCAAACUUCAAUAGUGGAAACCUAUAUAUUGGAAGUUAUUGGGAUUAUUGGUUCAACUAUGCUUGAGUUAAAAGGUAUAGACGAAUUACCAGAUUCAAGUAUUAUCCAAUUAGAAUUUGAUUAUAGUCAAAGUUAUAGUUAUUCUUAUACAUUAUCAAACCAAACAUUUUUCCAAUAUGCAUCUGAUUCUAUCGUUUUCGAUUGGAUUUUAAAAUUGUUUAUUGAAUAUGACCAGAGGCAAAAUGAUGAUAAUCUUGAUAAAAAAAAUAAAGCCAUUUUCCAAGAGAGUUUUAAUGGUAUAUUGACUGGUUAUUAUAGAGAUCGUUCAAAUAAUUAUAUAAGAAAAUCAAAUGGGUCAGAAAAUCAAGAAUUAGCAACUUCAAGUUAUAAAAAAGUGUUAUUAAAUGGGAAAUUUAUGAAAUUAUAUCAGAAUUUCUUAGGUCAUCUAUUGAAAGCCAUUGAUCACCCUAAAAUAAAAUCAAGAACAAGAGCAAUGAAAAAUUUGGCCCAAUUGAUUGAUAAAGAUUCACGUUUAUUAAAUAUUCCAAUGGUUAAAAGUUCACUUUCAAAUAGAAUUCAAGAUCCUUCACCAUUAGUUAGGUUAGCAGUUUUAGAAAUUUUUGAUCAAUAUAUUUUGAAAAAACCUGAAUUAAUUGGUGAAUUUUAUCAAACUUUAAUUUUAACAAAUGAUAAAUCAAUUAGUGUUCGUACAAAAUCUUUAAAAAUUGCUAAAAGAAUUUUCCAAGAAUCUAAUGAUAUUAAGAUUAAAUUAUUUACAAUUGAAAAAAUUCUAAAAAGGUUAGAAGAUGAUGAAGAAAAUAUUUUGGAUUUUACAAAGCAAAUCUUGAUGGAUUCAAUAUUCAUUUCUACUUAUUCACAAACAAUUGAUGAAAAUAAUGAAAAAAAUCCUCAAGGGAUUAAAGCCCAAAUUGAAAAUUUAGUUAAUACUUUAUUAUUAUUAAUUAAUUCAAAUGAAAAAAAUUGGGAAUUAUUUGAAAGUUAUUUAAAUUCUGAUAUCAUUAGAAUAACUGAUGAAAACAAAAAAAUCCAUAAAAAUUUGAUAUCAACAUUAAAUAUUAUUGUGGAAUAUCUUUUAAAUUUUAUAAUUGAUUAUAUGGAUACUGAAAAGCAAAAAAGUGUUGAACAAGGUCUUGCAUUAUUAUCAAUUUUUGCUAAAUGUGAUUAUGAUUUAAUCAAUCAAGAUCAAUUAAUGUCAUUACAACCUUAUUUGACCACGGAUUCCAAUAUUUCAAAUACAACUUCAAGUUAUUAUACACUUGUUAUUUUCAGAUAUAGUAUUAACCCAAAGAUUACAUAUAAAGAUCAGUUUUUAACAGAUUCUCAAACUUCAUUAUUAAGAAGAUUAACUAAGUUCACUGCAAGAGAAUUAGAAGAAGCUAUGCCUUUAGUUUGGUCUUUAUCUGUUGCUAAGAAAGAUACUUUAAAAAUUGCAAAUGCUGCUUUAUCAUGUCUUUCACUUAUAAAACCUCAUAUUGAUAUUGCAAUGAAAGAUGGAUUAAUAAAUUCAGAUCCUAAAGUUCUUAGAUUGAUUUAUUUGAUUGGAAGUUUUGGUAAAUAUUGUGAGUUAGAAUCAAAUAGAUCAAUAUUUAUUGAAAAGAUGACUAAAUUAGGAUUAAAAGAUAAAGAAAGUAUUUUAAGUUUAAUUACUAAAUUUCUUUUGGUAUUUACAAGAAAAUCAGUUAAUAGACAAACCAGAAGAGUUGCAAUAAGAAAUUUAAUUGGAGUUUGUUCAACUCAUCCUAAAUUAUUUAUGAGUCCACCAAUUUUGAAAAUUUUAGAUUUGGAAUUUUCUAAUGGUGAUGUUGAUUUUAAACAAGUUAUGAUACAAGGUAUCUCAGACUUUUUAGAAAGAGAAGAAAAACAAUCAUUUAAGAGAUCUGGUAAUGAUGGUAAAAUUUCAAGUAAAUUAAGUAUUGAUGUUGAUGUUUUCCAUGGUAAUUCCAAAAUGUUUGAAAAUGAUGGUAUUUGUACGUCAUUAGUUCAACGUUAUAUGGAACCAAUAUUAGAUAUGUGUCUUUAUGAUGAUGGUGAACAUUCAUUUCUCGCUGUUAAAUAUUUAAGAUUAAUUGUUAAAUUAGAAUUUGCAAAUCCAAGAAUUUGUAUACCAACAGUUAUUGCACUUGAAGCUUCCAAGUUAUCAUAUGUUAGAUCAAUUGCAUUAGAAAUUCAUAGAGUAUUACAUUCCAAACAUGAAUCAUUGAUUGAUUCAAGUUAUAUUCAUGGUAUUAAACUUGCAGUACAAUAUAGAUCUAAACUAACAUCAAAUUUACUUGAAGAAAAUCCAUUUUUUUUCGAAAAAUUUUAUAAAAUUAUUCAAGACUCUAGAUCAUCUAAAAAGAAAUUAUUUAAUCAAUUAAUUAAAUCAUUUAAUUUUGAUUUAGAAAAUAUUAAGAAUUCAGAUUUGAUUUUCCUAAAAAAUUAUGUUUUAUUUUUAUCAAAUUCUAUACCUCAUGCUCAAUUGAUAAAUCUUGAUGAAGUUUUCCAAUUAGUUGAUGGGGUUGAUAACGUGAUUAGUAACAAUGGUGUUAAUCUUAAAUCAAUUGUCAGUGAGCACUUAUCAAAACCAGAGAUUGAAGAUGAGCUGUUAGAGAGAUUAUCAUUAAUGAGUUUGAUAAUCUUGUCAUUAAUUGAGUUAAAGUCUUGUCUAAUCAAGACGUAUAAGAUUCCAGAAUUUGGACAAAGAAAUGAACUGAAGCAACAAAAGGCCAAACAUAAUGAAACCUCAAUUGAAUUAUUUGAUGUUAGUAAAGAGUCAGGUUCUUUUAUUCAAGUUCUUAAUAGAUUGAAUGAUAUAACUUUUUAA